AUGCACUAUAUUAAUCACCUAAGUGAUGCUAUCGCUAAUUUAGGACCUAUGCGUUUAAUAAGUGCAAGGCCACUUGAAAGACUGAUUGGAAGUAUCAAAUCUUCAAUCAAAUCACGCCAAAAGCCAAGCGAAAACGCAAGUAAUUGCGUCAAAUCUCAUUUCGCUGCUGUUUACAAAGCAAACUGGUUUCCUACAAACAGCAAUUCAAUUGUUUAUGGAAAAGAAUUAACGAAACAGAAUUGCAUAACUCUUGUUGAAAGAUUUCAUGAAUGUUCUGAACUAGAGGGGGCAGCCAUAGAAAGAGCACUCAAUCUAAAUGAGGAAGCUCAAACAGUGGAAAGCUACUUCCCAAUCAGAAGCGGUAGAACGUUGAAAACCAUCGAGCAAGGAACACCACAGCUGAAGUAUGGACAAGUGCUGUUCAUGUACUGUAAUGAAGGGUUGCACUUUGCCUUGGUCAAGACAGUCUUCCCAGUAAAGUACAAUGCAGAACAAGACUGUCAUUACUAUUUUAAGAACGACGAUCUAAACCAUGCAUUUGAAGUCGUCAUGCUCUCACAUGUCGUUUCUUAUGGCAUAGAAAUUGGAUCAUUAAACGAUCAGGACAUAGGACGUGUCAAUUUGGUUUGGGAUAGGUUUUUGGAGUUGACUCUGGAAAAACGUUUCCAAAAGGUUGCGUACUGCAAGACAGACACCGAGAUGGAUGAAGCUGUUAGCAACUUGAAGACUUUUUUGUUGACCAAAGGCAAUUGUAAGAUCAACGGCUAUACAGCUAUAGCGUAUUUUGAAGGGACUAGCAACAGAGUGGAGGGCACUCGCUCUGCUAUAAAAGCUGCUUUGGCGCAUAUUUCUUCGGGUAGAAUUUCCACUGUCACAUCAAAGAUUGACACUUGGUACAGACAACGAAGAUUGGAAGAAAAUCGUCAAUGCGGCGUGGAAAUGCUUGAAAUCCGAGCCGAUUUAAUUGACGAAGCAAUUGAAUAUCGAUUCAAAAAUUUGUCGAAGCCAGCACUGAUUAGCGAUAAUGACGACGUUACAUCCGAGAACUGCAGAUGCAGCUGUAAAUUGCAUUAUAUACUGCCUUGCUACCACCAACUUGCCAAAUGCGAUAUCAUCCCAUUGGAAAUGGUACCUGAAAGAGGGCGAAUCCGUCAAGUUGACGAUUAUGAUACUGGUACUGCGGAUGAGAUAGAAGAAUUGCCUGAAGAGUUCCACAACUCUCUUUAUGUAUCUUUAGAUCACGAUUUUCAGCACGAGGAAAACGAAAGGGGAAAAAGUAAUGAUGGAGUUGAACUUGCUUCUUUUCCUGAACUUCAUGCAAAGAUUUUCUCAACGUUGAGAGAGAUUGAUGAUCUCAAUAAAUCAGUAGUUGCAGAACAAUUAAUUGUGGAAGUUUUGCAUGAUUUGACUGAGGUUAAAGAAAAACUACUUGGAUCCAAGUUUGAUCUGGCUGCAAUUUUGCCACCUCUAACCAACAUGAAGAUUAAAGGCAAAAAGCCAAGCACUCAUCGUCUGGAAAUUGCGUACCAAAUCAAAGCGGAAUGCAACAACAAUUCUAUUUUAGAUUCCAAUGAUUUGGACACUGAUAUUUAUGAGAUUAACUCUUGCGAAGAACCUUUAAACGAAGAACACAUGGGCUAUAAACAUGAAGGGGAUAUUAAUAACAUGAUUUUAGAAGUAUCCCUUUCUUCCAACUUCAAGCUUGACGAUAUUACAGCUGUCUACAGCCCUGUGGGGGAUGGCCAAUGUGGAUUUAGAUGCCUGGCCAUGCCUUUUUACGGAGAUCAGAGUCAAUGGAUGGAGGUAAAGGAUGUAAUGGCCAGAACCUUUCAGAUGUACAAACAUACUUUGUACGAAGGAAGAGUAAACAACGAACAUUUUGAAGAAAUUUUGACGUUCAAGGACUCUCCUUGCGCGCCUCAUUUUUACUUCAAUGCAGCUGAUUGUCUCCAUCACAGCCGCGCACUCGGUGGUAAAAACCCUUGA